AUGGGCGUCUACGUGUGUGCUGAGAUGAAUGGGAGAGGAAGAACAGCGGCCGUCAGCACAAUCGCAUCGUAUGCUGAUAUCGGUACAGAUUCUCCAGAUGAGAAACCGUUAUUACCCAUGGAGGCCGUUUUCCUGGCUAUUCUACUGAUCAUUUUUUAUUACAAGCUUUUUAUUGCGAUUGGCUGCUCAAUAUUUGAUUGGAUUUACUCAUCGGAGCUACAAAAUCAGUUCUCAAAAACAUUGGGUCCGGAUGAUGACGAGUAUCAACAAGAGUUCGUGCGACAUGUAAAAAAAUCGAAUUGCUUUCGAAAAUACACAUAA